CGGCUCGUUUCAAGAGUCGACGAAGGCGAACGAUGACAGCAGUGUCCUGAAGUAUGCUGGCGAUUCCACGCCGGUAUCGAAACGCACGGUCCUUGUGUCCCCGUAAACCAAGCGUCGCGCUGCUCGCUCACCCGUAUGGCCCUCGCUCUCUGUGAUUCAUUACUGUACAUAUCCCACAUGCUAUCCCACUGCGCUGUCGCUCCUGUUCCUCCACUCUGCCGCUGCUACGCUUACUAUUCGCGCUUAGUGCUAUUCCAUCAGCCUACCCUACUAUUUCCGCAUCGUAUUCAAGACUUCUGGACUACCCGCUUCGCGCAUUCGCAUUCGAAUUCGUCUACACAUCCCACGCAUACCUUCGCGCAUGUGCACGCGCGUCGAACGCUGCGACGACACGCUCCGCGCGCGCACUGCUGCGACUUUUCUCCCUGUUGUCUGCCUUCGCAACUUACAAGCACCGGUCGUCCGGCCGCCCGGGCGUUAUGGUUACGAGCUCAUACAAGUUGCAGGGCCUGUAUGGUGUAUUUUUCCUCCUUUGUACGUGUAGGUCUGGCGAUGUUCGCGCCCGUUCUGUCUUCUCUGUAUCUGCGCGUGUGCAGCGCUACAGUAGCUAUAGGUUCUCUCGUUCGUUAUAUCCCACGGCCGUGCGCAGGUUGGAUGUGCCUGCGGUCUGUAUAUAGUGUGGUUUACUCACAUUCGAGGUACAUACGUUGUAUUUGGUACAGUAGAGGGAUCGCGUAUGCAACUAUUGUUCUACUACGUGGCGCGUGUGCGAUCUCCCGGCUAUCGCUAUCUCUGCGCGAGCGUCCUGAUCAGGCGGCGCAAAUUGGAAGUGACAGGUCUAUGAUAGGCACUGGCAGGUGCAUGAUGCAUCAUCUAAUAUCGCGACCAGACGUGAGGCCGAUCGUGACAUGCCAGCAAGCGAAGCGGGCUAUCCACCGCUGGACACGUCCGCCAUCAUCACAGCAAUCCAACACGCCCCUCCGGCACCGCAGCCGCAGCGCCCGCCGGAUCCGAGCCCUGGCGUGGGCAGACAUGCGACCUCCUCCUGCCUCUCGUGCGCCGGAGGCUGUCUUUGCGCGCUGCAGCUCCGUUCCGUGUGGGAGCGCGCGGGCGACGGGAGAGGAGUUUUCCCGCCGCGGUGCGGAUGCCGGAGCAUUGCAGCGCUGGGCGAAAGGCCUCUGUCCAGGAAGGCGUUGCGGAGUGCGGGGUUUCGCGCGAGACGAGACGGGUGUUGACGUCGAUUCGUGCGGAUACGCGAGGCAGGAGCUCGCUUAUGGGUGUUGCUUUUUGUCUGCGAGGCCGACCCCGUGUCUUCCAGAGGUCGGAAUCCUCACAACGAGGACUUCCGGAAGCAGAAGUGGAGAGAAGCAAGAUUGGAUAGGCAGAUGGGUUUUUCCUCCAUAUGGCAGCAGUCAGCAGUGGAGGAGGUUCGUGACGCGCGUGGGUGUUCGGAGUCGGACGGCGCCUGUUGGUCAGAUGAAUGAUAUCGUGAAUGAUGACGACGACGACGCCCGUGCUACCAUCGAGCAGCGAGGACAGAACCCAAGACGUAGAUAGGUGGGGGCGUGUCGCAGCGAGCCUGGCUGCUGCACGUGGGUGGGCAGCGGACGGAUGCACAUGGGCCAGGCCCUGUGUGGGCAAGAAACGAAGGGCAAGGUCAGCAGCCGUUAGGAACGCGCGUUGCGAGAGCCGUGUGGCACCACGGAACGCGGCCAGCGGCUGGCAGGGAAAUCG